AUGCAUCCAGAUUGCGCGAGAUUGCUAAUGCAAUGGAAUAGAUCGUUGUGUGAGGAACCUGACGUGGGGGGUUGGAAUUCGCUGCACUUUGCUGCUCUUUUGGGAUUGAAAGAAGUAGUUUCCGAUAUGCUGGGGUGGAAAAAAUCCUUAGCCUACCUUCCAGCAGGCAGUGAAAACGACCGGACAACAGCAAUUAACAUUGCAGCCGGUGCAGGUAAGGUAGACGUUUUACAUGAGCUAUUAAAUCACUGCCCUGAUUGCUGGGAAAUGCUCGACAGCAAUGGCCGAAAUGCUCUUCAUGAAGCCAUAUUAUACAGUCAAGAAAAUGUGGUCAGUUACUUAUUGAAGUCCAGAAAGUGGGAUAAGCUUAUCGAGGAUCCAGACAACGAUGGCAACACUCCUCUCCAUUUGCUUGCUUCGUCUAAUUUCUGGGGCUACGUGCCUUUGGAAUUAAAAGAUCAUCCCCGAGCAAAGAAGAUGUCAUACAACAAGGAAAACAAGACUCCGUUUGACGUAGCAAUGUCUUGCACAGAGUGGACGACAGACAAGGAUAGAAUCUCGCCCAGCUUGCUGAACCAGAUGGAUCAGCAGAAGAUAAUUUUCAACCAAGCUAAGGAACGCGACAUAAACAUCAAAGGUAUCUUGUCAGCAGCUCAAAUGCAACUAGUUGUGGCUACUCUAUUAGUCACAGUGACCUUUGCAGCUUGUUUUACAUUACCAAGAGGAUUUGAAAGCGAUGUCAAUAGCCCUAAUAAGGGGAUGGCAGUUCUAAUAAAAAAAGCAUCGUUCCGUGCAUUUAUUAUAACUGAUGCCAUCGCCUUUGCAUGCUCCACUGGUGCUAUAUUCAACUACUUCUAUAUGGCGACAAAUCCUCGUCCGAUGUCAUAUCCGGAUUUGGAUUAUUUAUGGUCUCUCAGUAAAGUUGGAGCUAGGUCACAGCUCGUGGCAAUGUCAGCAGUUGUAAAUGCAUUUGUAACUGGCAUGUAUGCUACUUUAGCACAUUUACUUGGUCUCGCAGUUACUGUCUGUGCCAUAGGUUGCAUCUCUUUCAUUAUGUACGUGUGGGCAGUGCUGAGCCAGAAUGCUGGAUACGUGUAG